AUGGCUGCUUUGAUCGAUGAGGCCAUGAACACCUUGGGCGGCAAGGAGUGGCAUUACGAGACGCGCUCUGAGCCUUGCUGCGCCUUCAAAAAGAUUGAAGACAUUGGGAAGCCCUUGACUGUCCAGGACCUUCUCACAUGCUGCCGGCCUCCGACGGGUGUGAAAAGCACGAUGAUGCUCUUGGAUGUGCAUCUGUCCGUCCAGCUGUCCGAAAGCCCUGAAGCCAUUGCUUCAACCUUGCAAUCUCAACAAGUGGAUGACCUACCUGCCCCUUUGAAAUUCAAAGAGAGGGUGCCAUCAGGAGCCAAAAUCGGUGGCAUUGUGAUUGAACAAGCGCCUGGCUGCUUGAAUGUCAUCAAACUCGUCUUUUUCAAGGCUACCAUGAGUACAGGACAGGCUACGAAAAUUGCAUCUGGGUCUGCCUACCUUCCGUUCUUCCGCGCAGGCCCUUGGGCAGUCAAGAAGGCAUUUCAAUCCUUGCUCGAUAGAGUGCCAGGGCAUCAUGUCCAAUGGAACGUAGUCUGUCAGAAAGAGAAGGUUGCCAAGCCCGCUUCAUCAUCAUCGACCUGGUCUCCAGAUGAAGACGUCCUUCGGCAAGGUGUGGCGUUCAUCAACGAAAACGCGCCAGAAAGUGACGCUCAGAAUGAGCAGUACACGUGGAUCUUGUUAAACAUCAAGGAGGAUUCGGAAAGCCCUAUUGCAGGGUGGCCAGAAACCAAGGUUCGCUUGAUGGCUCAGAACAAGAGCCGAGCCUCAAGCGGUGCCACCUUGCAACGGGAGUUUCCUUUGACCACCUUCUCUUUGAAGCCAUUCCUGGCGGAGGCGUUGCUGCCCCUGCUGUAUCCCCUCUUCAUUUGCUAUGGGGUCUUGUGCAUUGGCUGGCCUGGAGUGGGAAAGACACCAGCCUUGAUCUCUAUGCUAUUGGCCAUGGGCCGAUACCACAUCCACCGGUUACAAGCAGAUGGCGUGCCUGGAUGGAGGCGUGCUAAGUCCUUAGACAAUUUCAGGCAUCAAAUCGGCCAGGUCUACGAGGGCAUCUUUCUGGAUGAUCCGCACCAUGACAGCAUUUCCAUAGCAGACUUGAAGUCUUUUCUCACAGUGGAGGAGGAGCAGACAACAUCAGGCCGCUACAAUGAUGCGAAGCUCAUUCGCAACUGUAUGCGCGCCUACGCUUCCAAUGACUUGGACCGGUCUGACGAGCCUGAGGAUGACAACCGUACUUCCAUCACAGGAGAAGAGUUCCUCAAGCUGACUCGCCGGAUCUUUGCAGGUGACAAGCAUGCUGAUGUCCUUGCUUGCUUGAAGCGGGCAGUGGUCAUCAUCCUCGGGCUCCAUGCUGUAUACCUGCGCCUGCCCAGUCAGGAUCCUACUUCCAAGGUGCAUCGCAUCAAGGUGGAUGACCUCCACCGAGACCUUUUGGCUGAAAAGGACAAGCCCCUCUACUCCAAGUACAAGUUGGGCAUUUUGGAGUAUGGCCCCGAAUGGGAAGGAGAAACUGAACAAGAAGUGCGUAUGAUCUCUGAAGGGCUGGAGAGGUUUGCUGCAGGAAGGCCAGAGGCAUACAUUGAGGUUGUGAAUGGAAAAAUUGAGGAACAACUUUGGAGCCAUUUGCCACCGGUGCCGCCGGUCCACCUUCCUGAUAGGCCAUCGGGUGCUUCGUCAGACAGUGGCGAUGAUCAAGUUAUGCCCCCUCCUUCCAUCAUUGUGCCUGACCCAUUUGGGCACAUUCACAUACCCGCCUACCAAAAGGAUACUGAUGCAGCUGCUGCCCUUGCAUCUCUGGAAGCCAAUGCUCAAGAUGCCGAAGAAGCCUUACAGAUGCCAGAAGACCUGGGCGAGGAUCUUGCUGAGGAAGACUUCGCUGCGGAUGAAGAAGCUGCCGCAGUCAUGAGGGGGGCCUAG